AUGCCGCAUUUGACGCCCUCACGCAUCGCCAUAACCAUCGUCGCUUUCUCCCUCUUCACCUUCUUCUGGACAUUCGGAUUGCCUAGCCAGACCGGGGAGCCUUCGCUGCCUGUGAUAGACCACUACAACCACAAAAACGUGCACACCGACCCUAUAAUACCGCCUCCAGUCAUCGAGACGCCACCCACGACACCGACCACGCCGACACGGGAAUCGCACGUACCAGCCAAGGCGACACAGGACGGAAAUGGGCAGGCAACAGCUUCUGCAUCGAGCACAACGGGUAUCGCCGAGUUUGAAAAAGAUGGUGGAAGAUGGGAAGAUGCGAUCAAGAGUACGAACGCGGCCAGUGCGACACUAGCAUCAGCGACAGACAUAGCCGCCGAAGCCGACACUGCGCCUGUGGCUCAGAAGUUUUGCAGGGACGUUCGCGGUGCACCACACGUCAUGGUCGUACUCAAGACGUCCAAGGCCGAAAUCGACAAACUAUCCACCCACCUCCGUAACCUCUUAUCAUGCGCACCCCACUUUGCCAUCUUCAGCGACCACGCCGGUGAGUUCCAGGGUCACAAAGUAUACAACGCGCUCGAAUCCAUCAGCGAGGAGGCCAAGAUCAAGCACGAUGAGUUCAAGGAAUACCAACUCAUGCAAGCAGACCCGGAGCACAAGCCUGACCCGAAAAAGACAAAGGCGUUGGAAAAGUGGAAGUUCCUGCCCAUGGUGUACAAGGCCUAUCAUUUGAAUCCCCAUAUCAAGUUUGCCGUUUUCAUCGAGGCAGACACGAGCUUGAGCUGGUCGAACCUGCUGCAAUGGAUCAACAGGCUGGACUACCGGAUACCAUACUACAGCGGAGCUCCUUCAUUCAUAUCCAGCGUUCAACUGGCGCAACGCGGGCCCGGCAUCAUGUUAUCUCAGGGUGCCCUACGGCGAUUUGCAAAAUCUUACGAUGAACUAUACAUGACAAAAUGGGAAAAGAACGUCGGCGAGGAAUGCUGCGGCGACUUGAUGCUAGCCAAAGCUCUUGGUGACGCACACGUCGAAUUCUAUGCCUCAUGGCCCCUUCUCCAAGGCGAGCGUCCAGAAACCCUGGAUUACUCGAAGAAACAAUGGUGUGUACCUGCCAUAUCAUGGCACGGUAUCAGCGGCGACGAGCUGGUCCGUCAAUGGGGAAUUGAAAGAAAGUGGAUCAGUAAGCACGGCUGGGAAACGCCAUAUCUGUUCCGCGACGCCUUUCACGAUUCCGUGCAGCCACAUAUUGAAACUCGAAAAGCAAACUGGGAUAACUUGAGUCAGGACACCAAGAUAAUCGCACCACAAGGACGACAGCAAAAGCUCAAGGACGAUGCUGCUAAGAAAGCACAGUCAGCAAUCGAAAAAUCCGCACCAAAGGAAACAGGAAAGAACACUGGCGGGGAAAAAAUCAACGACACCAAGAAACCCGACACCACCAAAAUCGACCACAAAGCCGACAUCCUCCAAGAAGCCGGCACCCCUCCCACCAAAUCCGAAGAAACAAAGAUGCAGAAAAGAGAGGACAGUGUACCAAACUGGGACAAACUCCCCGAGAAAAUCGCCGACGCGGCCGACAGUGUCGACGCAUGCCAGAAAGCUUGCGAAGCUGUUGCAGACUGCCUACAAUGGCGGUACACGGGCAAAGGUGAUGGAGAGUGCCACUUGAGCAAGGUGCUGAGACUAGGUGGGCCCGUUGGAGAUGGCAAGUGGACGAGUGGGUGGGUGACGGGUCGUAUUGAUGAGGUUACCAAGGAGUGGGAGUGUAAAGAGGUGAAUUGGAAGUUUUAUCAGUGA